AUGGACGACCUCACCGGGUUGCAACUUAUAGCCCAAGGAACCUCGUGGACUGACCGAGCGCUAGACAUCAUAACUAUACACGGAUUCCAGGGCUACGAUACCUGGGAAUAUCAGACACACGGAGUCACUGACAACAGUAAAACUGUUUUCUGGGCACGGGACUUCUUACCCAAGGAUCUCCCUUCAGCGAGGAUCUUCACCUACCGAUAUCUCUCUACUGCCUUUCGCGACGGUCAGGGCAUCACUAAAGCUGCGAAUAAACUUCUCAACAAGCUAAAGAAUCUACAGGCUGAUAAUACCGAGGUGCGUCUCACAUCGCAUUAUAUAGCAGAUCUAUUCCCUUCUCUUCCAGUUCCACAGUAUCCCAAAUCGAAAAGGUUUGUCAAUGGACUAACUUUCUGCUGUCAGAUAUCUCGGCCAUUAGUCUUUAUUUGCCAUAGUGUUGGUGGUCUAAUUCUUCAAUGCGCCCUUAGUGAAGCCUUUGAGAGCAAAGGCGAUACAGCACUCAACGAGAUCGUCACGGCAACACAAGGAAUAAUCUUCUUGGGGACGCCGCAUUCGACUUCAGAUCUCGAUAUAAGCGUCUCAAGAAUCGCUGCAGCUAGUGAGAUAAAUAGGUCCAUUAUGGUUGACACUCAAUUCAUGGCACAGGUACUUGUUAGGUUCGCGAGCUUAUCUCAGUAUAGUCCGCCGUGGAAAGUCGUUCAUUGCUACGAAGAGUUGCCGCUACCAGGCACUGCUUUCAGGGCGGUCAACCCAAGCCAGGAAGAAUCGUGGGCUUGGCCCCAAUUAUCGCUGUAUAGUGAUCAUCUUGACCUGUGUCGUUUUAGGAGCCAGGACGAUGUCUCCUACAUUAAAGUCUUGCAAUCAUUGAGAAACAUAACUUCUGAGCUCAGCAGCCCUGUCGCGGAUGGAAUUGAAGUACAGACAACGUUGUCAUCCGUUGAGCAUGAAGUUCUUGAAAGCCUGGAAACUGAAGAUACAUCCGCCAAUAUCCGAGACGCCUCUCCAGGAACGUACGAAUGGAUACUGAACGACAACACUUUUAAGUCUUGGUUUGCCAACCCUUCUCGGCCACUAUGGAUCAUUGGCAAACCGGGAUCUGGUAAAAGCACCCUGAUGAAACAUAUCAAGCAAGCCUAUCUCCCGGAGCGCAGAUCAAGCCAAGCUGUGGUAUCCUAUUUCUUUUCCGGUGGCAGCGCAAGCCACUCUGUGGCGAGCCUUUUAAGUUCACUCUUAUAUCAACUUCUAAAGACAACUCCGAGUACGCGAUCCUUCGAAAUAUUCUCCAAAGUCCAUCACAAAAGGGAGGAUGAGAUCUCCGACAGCGUAAUGGACAUCGAUGUUCUGAUGGAAAGCUUGCUUUUGUUGGCCGACAAAUCGACGGCACAAGGUGAUUCCAUUUUCUUCAUUAUAGACGCCUUGGACGAGUGUGACGAUCCCGCUAAGCUUCUUACUUUCCUUUGUCGUCUUAAUGAUUCAAGUCCCAGUCGGCAACUACGAAUAUGUAUUUCCUCUCGACCGAGCAACCUUUCCGUGCCAGGCGCGAAAAUCCGCUUAGAGGACAAUAACUCCCUCGACAUAGAACGAUAUUUUAGCGAAAGCCUUCUAGCCAUGGAAGACCAUCUGCUCCCAGCCUCUAAUAUCCAACACAAAGCUCAAGUUUUGGCAGAGAAGGCCGAAGGGGUGUUUCUUUGGGCUUCGUUGACAAUAUCACAGCUGCGCUGUGAUGGUCACCUCAAGAUACCCAAAUCCGAACAGCACUCUACACCCUGGCUACCAACAACCCUCGAUGCGGCAUACGAGGCGAUCUUACAGCAGCUAUGGAGCCGGCAUGAUGUAAGCCGUCGAAUGAUGGCCCAGGAUGCUUUCGCCCUCGUAUUAUGCGCUCAGCGGCCACUUUCAAUACUCGAGCUCCGCAGUGCCCUGGCUGCGAUGCAUUAUGACCCUGAUCUUCUAUCUCCACGAAGUAAUACCGAAGUAAAUGAUUGGGGUAGGAGGAACAAAAUGAGCACGAUACAGGGCGAAGCGUCACUAGACAUGAGUAUGCAGUUGAUGCUUCUGUGUGGCGGCCUUCUUGAGGUAGCACCACGGAAGGCCAAUUCCGCAAACGAUAAGACGGACACGGAACCUAUGGUGCAAUUCGUGCACUACAGCGUGAGAAAAUACUUCCAGGAAAGGGGGUCCUGCGUCCUUGAGGGUGACAGUCUCACUUCGAAAUUGUCUUUUCCAGAACUCAAAUCCACUGACUUGCAAGCCUACAAUGCUCAGUACCACUACCGAGUUGCUUGGAUAUGCCUCCUGUAUGUUGACCACAUAUACAUGCGCUCUAACCUCCUGAGUAGCGAGAGUGCAAUCAAUUCAGCCGCUUUUCUGGAGUACUCCUUACGGUUUGGCAUGGCACAUCUUGGCCUCGCCGAUAGAGCCGGGGUAAGCCCCAUGAAGAAGGAGAUGUACCAAUUUUCCCAGUUUCAAAAGGGUUUUGUCGACCAGUGGUCUUUGCUGCACAGCCGAGUAUUCAAGGAUCAGAAACUCUUUGAGCCGCACAAGACUAAGGCAGUACAUGUCAUGUCAUACUAUGGCUUACCUUGGUUUGACACAGGCCUCUGGGGAGCGAAGCUUGCAGAGAUAGAUGAGGGGGAUCGUUAUGGGCGUACUCCUCUCUCGUUGGCUGCAGCGAUGGGUCAUCAUCAUAUUUGUGAGAUCUUGCUUGAUAAUGGCGCUGACAUGAGUCAUCGAGAUUAUAUCUACGGUCAAACUCCACUGAGUUAUGCCGCAGCCUAUGGCCAUAGGGAAGUCGUCGAGCUUUUACUCAGCAAAGGGUCUGACUACGAAGACAGUAGCAGUGGAGUUACUCCACUUUGGCUAGCAAGUCGCAGUGGUCAUCUGGACAUCGCGGAGCUUCUCUUGCAGGCUGGUGCGAAUCCUAACGCCUCUAGCAUCCAUACUGGUGAAGCAUGCCUGUCCCAUGCUGCUUCUCUUGGAAACAUCAGAGGGGCCAAUCAACUUCUUGCCCGAGGCGCCAAAGUCGAUACUCGAGACAAGAAUGGAUGGACUCCACUUCAUCAUGCCGUUAGCCGAGGCCGAAAGAAGAUAAUUGAGUUGCUGCUGGGAGUUCUCAAGUCACAGGAACUAUUGAAACUCAAGGAAGAUAUAUCUGAAGUCAAAAGCAAGGGCUCCUGGAUCCAUACCGUUUUGUCAGCUAUCGUUAUCCUGGCAUGUUAUCAACGCGGUAGUGAGUGGCAGACAUCUCCAAUCGGCAACCAGGACAGUCAGGCGCUGAACCAAUGUUCUGACGGUCUAAUACUUACAAACCGAGGCGUUAAUAAGCACAAGUUGGAGGAUAGCGACGAAGAAAACAUCAAAGGUAAUUCGGGGAAGAGACAUCGUCGAUCAGAACCAAAUGGGGACCGUUUCGCUUGUCCGUAUCAUAAGAAGAACAGGGCAAGGUUUGCAAGCGGACCCUGCAAUGGAAAGGGAUUUGAGAAUAUUGACCGCCUAAAAUCACAUCUAAAGAACACCCAUGAUCGUUCUGUCGGUCGGCGGCGAUGUCAUAUCUGUAAAAGGCGCUUCCUCCGCGAAGACCUGGAUGGUCAUAGCCCAUGUGAAAGAAAAGCCUUUGGAGAUGAUUACGAGGAUGGGUAUGAUUUGGAACAGGCUCAAGAUCUGAAAUCAGAUCCAACUCGGCCUAGCAAGAACCCUCCUGAAAGUUGCUGGAAAGCAAUAUUUAGAGUGCUGUUUCCAGACUGGCCCGUGGACAUGGAUACCCCAAACCCAUGUGAGUUUACAGCUUGUCGCCUAGGUUUCAAAUGUUUGGUAGCUAUUACUAACCGACAGGGCACCCUAGAUCAAGCGAAUGCUGUCUCAGAUGCCAUCCAACAACACCGCAGCAAAGUGAUGAACCAAAACACAAUCUCUCAGCUCUAUGCCUGCCAAAGCGAAGAUGAGAUCCGUCAAGUUCUAGGACAACUCAUAGAGGACCUUGAAAACAAUUUUGGGCGUACCCCGAUAACUACUGACAAUUUGCCUGGGAGACCCCUGUCCGCUAUGUCACCACAGCCAUCGUCAAGCACUCAGUAUCUGCAAUAUCAGCUUUUACCAGUUUCCCAGCCAGAUCCCUUCUAUAGUCGUGGGCGCCGUUCGCAAUUCCAUACCCCAGCUGUUUCAAGCCUCGAUUCAAAUUCAAGUCGUUUCUUCCGGAGUCAUGAUCAGUUCGACACGUUCACAGAGAGCACAGCUUUCUCGGAUCAAAUACCAACAGGGUUUAACACCUUUGAGUCUCUCCAGGGUAUAGAUAGAAACAGCGAUUUGCCACUGUUCCAAUCACAAAUGACUGUAUCAGUGGUUCAACAACCAAUGAGCAACAUAACCCACCACCCCGGACCGAGCUUUGCACCAGAAAACGGAGGAGUGACACGAGGUGAUAGUUGGAUCGACAACUCGCACGAUUACCAGCGUCAGCUUCAGCCUGGGGGGGCAGAUAUGUUACAAGGCGAUCUCCAGCCAGGGGAUUAUCAUGAGAACGAAAUCCUGAGCAUGUCGCAAUUUCAGGCCAGCGACUGUGAUAACAGAUAA